CAUGCGAUGAAAACCAAAUGGGGUAUCACCAAAUUCAUAGAUCUGAAAGCAUUUCAUAACCCUCUUAAAGGAUACCUUAUAGAUGAUACUUGUGUCUUUGGCGCCGAGGUUUUUGUUGUCAAAAGUACUUUUAAAGGGGAGUGCUUAUCGAUGAUCAAAGAACCUGCUACAUGUUACCAUCUUUGGGAAAUCACAGAAUUUUCAACUUUACUUGAUGAAAAAUAUUUGUCUGAACCAUUUGGAGAUUAUAACUGGAGAAUUUCGCUCUACCCUAAUGGACAUGCAGAAGGCAAGGGCAACAGUAUUUCAAUAUUUCUAUCGUUGUACAAGGAAAGCAUUCCUCCUAGUACUAAGUUGUUUGUGAAAUCCAUUCUGCGUGUCAAAGAUCAAACAAAAGAAAAUCAUGUCAAUAUUAUAUUUCAAACGGUUUUUUCUCCACUCCUGGAUUGGGGUGCUAGAAAGUUCAUGUCAUUGCAUAAACUCAAGGAUCCAAAACAGGGUUUCUUGGUGGAUAACACUUGCAUCAUUGAAGCAGAAGUUACUGUGCUUGGGUUGAUUAAAACAGAGUCAUGAAUAUGUUGAUAAAUGUCUCAGAAUGCUUUAGAUAUAAUUAUUUGGUUUAACUUGGCUUGGCCUUUAGCCAUAUAUAUGCUGCUAUUAUGUUAUACUUCAAUUCAAACUAGUUCUGUUCACUUUGUGCAAUUCGUUAUGCAUUUAAGUGAAAGACUAUAGAAUCCAAUCCAUCAUAGUAACUGAAAUGCUUGAGACAAAUAAUGUUACUGACAUUAUUGGUACAUGAUAUUACAUGAAAAAUUACAUGCAAUAUAGUUUUAUUGCAAUCAAUAAGUAAUGAUGUGAAUUC